GGCGGCGCACACGGCGCGCACGGCGGCGGCACCGCCGGGCCGGGCAGCUGGGAGCGGCGGCGGGCGGCGCGGAGGGCAGCGGCGCGCCGCCGCGGCGCGGAGCGCACCGAGCGCCAUGGCCCUGGCCGCGGGGAGCGCUCGCCCGGGGACUAAACUCUGUGGAUACAGUGAAGUGAAUCUGGGACUCUUGGUUUAGCGGGAAAAAUUAAAUAAACCAAUUUAUUUCCACUACUAGGAGUAAAGACCAGUACAGACAAAGCAGGAUGAAAAGAUGGCUGACUUCUUGUUACCACCGGGUACUAACAGCUUCCACCGGUUCACGCCUGAAUCUUUGGCUGCGAUUGAGAAACGAAUUGCGGAGAAGCUUGCGAGGAACGCGAAGCAGGAAUACAGAGAGCAGCUGGGUGAAGAAGAGAAACCUCAGCCUCAGUUUGACUUACAAGCUUGCAAGAAGCUGCCCGAUAUCUAUGGGACUGUGCCUCCAGAGCUCAUUGGAGAGCCGCUGGAGGACCUUGACCCUUUCUACAAUGAUCGUAAGACAUUUGUAGUACUGAACAAAGGGAAGACAAUCUUUCGAUUUAGUGCCACUCCUGCCUUGUAUAUACUUAGCCCUUUCCAUCCAAUCAGAAGAACAGCAAUUAAAAUUUUGGUACAUUCAUAUCCUUUCUGUUGA